AUGGCGUUCCUACGUUUCCUUGUGGUUUUCCUGCUGGCGCUGCACGUCGCUCGCGUCACGCAUGCCUUCUCUGUCUUCGGAGUGUCUUCUAAAGCCACCGACCCAGUAGGCGGCGUUCCCGUGGACGAGCCGCCCCUCUCGCAGUCAGCCAAUCCGGAUGAGCCAGAGCCGCGAACCGUGGCUGCAGGCGUGUCGCACCUCGUUGGAACGACUAAGGAGGGGAGUGAGGAGGAGAACGAGGGGAGUUGGACGGAUUGGGUGUCGGGCGUAACAGGCAUGGGAAAGAGAUCGUCGUCUGAAGCCCAGGCCGAGGAGAAAUGGUCAGAGGCGGCAGACGCGGCAGGUGAAUCGGCAUUCAAGGCCGGCCAGUCCGCCGCCAAGGGCGGAGACGCGGCUAAGAAGCAAGCAGAAGCCGGAGCAAGCGCCGCAUCUGACGCCGCCAAGGGCGGAGCUGGCGCCGCAUCUGACGUCGUUUCAAGCGCGUGGGAAAAACUCAAGGAGGCAGCCACCGGGGCGGCUUCCGCUGGCCGCGCGGGUGCGGAGCAGCUGGGGGAGGCGGGCGCGGAAGCACAGCGCCGUGCGGGGGAGACUGGCGCGCAGCUGGGGGAUCGUGCGGGAGAAACGGGCGCGCAAGCGCAGCGGCGCGCGGAGGAGUACGCGGACGCUAUGGCGGAAGGCGCGGGGGCGACGCUCGAGGGGACCAAGGCGGGCGGGCAGCGCGCUGCGGAAGAGGCGGGGAAGGCGGGCUGGGGCGUCUACGACCGCGUGCGGUCCGUGGCGGACCGGUUUCAGCAAGCCGCGGGGCAGGGCAUGGGCGUGGGAUGGGACAUCGUGGGGCAAACGCGCGACACUGCCGCUUCCGCCGGCGCAGAGGCGGGGGAUCGCGCAAAGGCCGGCGCAACGGCCGCGGAGGAAACUGCUGAAGGCCUCACGCAACGGGCAGGCGAACGCGCCGCUGAUGUGGCGUCAACGGUGGAGGCUGGACGCGAGGCUGCGGGAGAGGGCGCGGAACGAGCGACUGGCACAGUCGGAUCGGCGGUUGGCGGGGUGACUGGCGGCGUGCGCGAUACGGCGUCGAGGAUUGGCGAGGCGGCAAACCAAGCGGCGAAGGGGAGUGCUGCCACGGUGGGCCAAGCGGGGGAGUUCGCUGCGGGGACGGUGAAGCAGGCGGGCGCAGGCGCGUAUAGUGCGGGGAAAGGCGUGUACGACACCGCGGCUGGCGCAGCGGGCCGCGUAGGGGAGGGCGUUUCUGGGGCGGGUAAAUUCGCCGCCGAUCAGGCCAAGGCGGUGGGGUCGAAGGCAUAUGAUACCGUGUCUGGCGCUGCGGCGGCUAUUCCGGGCCCCGCGGACUUCCAGCGCGCGGGGAAGGCUAUGAUGGAAUGGUCACUGCGGCUUGUGGCGCAGCGGAAGGAUGAGGCGGAAGAAGCUGCGCGGAAGGCGCAGGAAGCGGCGGAGAAAGGCUCGGGGAAGAGCGCGGGUUGGCUGAAUCAGCUUGCGGAAGCGGCCAGUUCGCGUUACGAGGCGGCGAAGGAGGCGCUGAGCUUCGCCACGGGGGAGGUCGGGGAGCUGCGGAGGCCUGGCGGAGCAGAAGAGGGGGAAGAUGUGCUGCGCGAUAUGUACAACCGCGCGGAAGCGUCCAUGCACGAGCUGUGGAACGCGGCGAACGACGCGACUGAAACCGCGAAAACGAAGAGCGGCGAUCAGGCUGAAGCUGUGAAGAAGGAAGCGUGGAGGAGGUACGAAGAGGCGAAGAAAGGGUUUGAGCAGAUUCAGACGCAGUUCGGGGACUUGUUCGAGAAAAUGGGGAUGAAGGGAGCGAAGGGGGAGGGGAAGGCGGAGAGGAUUCGGGAGCGCGUGGCGCAUCCUUCGCCUGGCGACGCGCUUCGCGUGGAGCUGUGA